AUGUCUGGCAUUAGAAUCUUUUGCCUUCUCGUCAUUACAGCGAUCUAUUGCAAGAUCUUUUUUAUUAUACGAUGCCACAAAAGGCAAAUUCAGCAAGUACGAGAACUAGAGGCACAAACUAGACAAAAUAGCGAGAUGAGGAACUUGGCAACCAUCAUGAAAACUGCUGUCGACGUUUUAUACGUUUAUUUUGCGUUUUUGGUUUCAUAUUUCUCUCGCUUUAUCCUUUUGGCUGCCCGUGUAAUUACCGGCCCCAAUAUUGUAACAACUGGUUUUUCACUUUACACACAUACGCUUAUGUUCUUCAAUUCAACACUAAACCCUGUUAUUUACGGCUGA